UCAGAGUGAACUGAACUUCACUUUAAACAAAGCAGCAACGCUGUAGGCGUCGCAAGUGUAGUUAUCAAAUUAUGAAUCUAGCUAGCAUUUAUUGGCGCGUAUAGGCAUGCCAUGGCUUCAAAGUCCGACCAGCUUCUUAUUGUCGUUUCUAUUCUGGAAGGUCGUCAGUUCCCCAAGAGCCAGCAACACACUUUGGUUGUACAAGCUAAGUUUGAUGGGGAGCAGCUAGAAACAGACCCUGUAGCACAUAAGGAACAGCCGCAAUUUUGUACAGAGUUGGCAUGGGAGCUUGAUCGCAGAACUCUUCACCAGCACAGACUCCAGCGGACACCCAUCAAGUUGCAGUGCUUUGCAAUAGAUUCAAAUACCUCUGCAAGGGAAUGUGUUGGAUAUAUUGUCUUGGAUCUCAGAUUGGUGCAGGAGGUUAAGCAACUUCCCAAAUGGUAUCCUUUGCUGAGCAGUAAGUACACCAAGCGAAAGCCAGCUCUGUUAUUGAGCAUGGUUUUGGAGAAUGACAACAAAGAGCCACGUGACCAAUUUAAGGCGAAGAAAGCUCCACCAAGAGCAGGAUCUCCUACAUUGGCAAAUCUGGAGUCAAUUAAAGUAGAGGCCAUUCUAAAUGAAGAUGAAGGAUACCAUCAGAUUGGACCAGCAGAUCUUGGCAAAGACAUGUAUGUUUUGUCGGUCACUGUUGCCUUUGCUACCAAACUGGAGCAGCUUAUUUCUAGUUCAACAAAACUGGCCAGUGAAGGCUCAGAGUUCUUCUUCUUCUACUCUCUCCUGGGAAAUGAUGUCACCAGUGAACCCUUCCAGAACCUAAUCAGCCCAAACUUUGAGCCAGAACGAGCCUCAGUCCGUAUCCGCAGUAAUGACAAGCUAGUACGGGUGUUUCUCAGCCAGCAGCAGAACCUUCUGCUCCAUCUUUGCUGUGGAUCCCAGUCCCUAGGCAGCACUGAGAUUUCUCUCGCUGCACUGGCAAAGAACAUCACAGACCUUGCCAAGCAGGCAGCCACCAUAGAGGGAGCCUUUGUCCUGAGGCCCCCAAAUCGUACCAAGCAGAGCCUUCAGUCCAUCUCUGUGGAUUUGCAGCCAACAGUCGGGGUGGCAGUAACUCUGAAAAGAGAGGGAGUUACUGAUGAGAUUCCAGACCCUUCUCCUUCAAGGCUUAAGACUCCAGUAAAGAAAGGCCCUACCAUGAAUGCCCAUCCUGAGCCUGCUUUGACUAAACCCAGUAGCCCAACCCUUCCACACAGACCACCUGGUCAGCCGCAGUGUUCCCGCUCCACCACACCUGACCACCAACACUCGGAGAGUGAGGCUGAGAGCUUGCCUGAUGAUGCAAGACCUGCCCAGCCAGAACAGCCAAUUGCAGAACUGCCUGUGGCUGCCUCUGCAAAUGGGCCACUGGAGAGUGAAGCAGAAGUACCAGCAUCCUCUCUCACCGUGUCUGCCCCAAAAGUGGCGAUUCCAGCAUCAGCACACCAUUAUUGCUUCUCCAUGGAGCUGCGCAGCAUCAGAGAUCUAAACAUGGGCUUUCCUGUGAACUGUAUACUGAGAUAUGCCUACCAGUUCUUUGGGAGUGCAGCCCCAAUCAUGACAAAUCCUGCCGUGGAGGUAAAGAAAAACACUGAGGUGUUCCUGCCUCAGUCAUACUGUGCCUUUGAUUUUGCUGCACUGCCUAAUCAACUCCAGGACACAUUUCUGAGAGUUCCUUUGGUAGUGGAGCUGUGGCAUAGAGACCCCAGUUCCAAAGACUUCCUAAUUGGCACAGCCAGCAUUCAGCUUUCCAACCUGCUCACUUCCGAGAAGACCCGUUUCCUUGGCUCAUCUGGCCAGCAGCACUGGAGACAGACUUGGUCAGGGAGGUUACCUGUUGUCAAAGCACAGGGAUCAAAUGAGAAGGUGGCUGAACUUAGCUAUGUGACAGUUCUCGAAGAUAUGGGUCUAGUAAAAUCACAAGAUAUCCUCCUUUCUGAAUAUUCUCAGAGUGGUGAUCAGGUGCAGCAGAAGAAGUCAGCAGUUCAUCCUCAAGCUCACACUGAGGUCAAGGUAACGACCAAGCCUCGGGAGACUCUGGAGUACAGGGCAGCACUGGAGCUUGAGAUGUGGAAGGAGAUGCAGGAGGAUCUGUUUGAUAACCAGUUGAAACAGAAGGAACUGAACCACAUGCAGGCUCUGGCAGAGGAGUGGAAGAAGAGGGACAGAGAACGUGAAGCACUUGUUAAGAAGAAGGAGAUGGAGUAUAAUCUUUUGGAAGAACAGCUCCAGAAGACUCUAGCUGAUCUAGAAAAGAGAGAGAAGACUCUUGCUCAUGCAGAAAUGGAGACCCAGAGGUUGCAGAGGGAGAUGCGCAUGGAGCAUGAGUUCAGCAUGCGCGAGCUGCAGGAUAGCGGCCGCCGCUUGAGGGAAGACUGUGCUCACCAGGUGGAGCUGGAGAGGUCCAAGGUCAGGCAGCUCGAGGAGGACCUUACUAGGCACCAACAGCAGAAAACAGAGGCCGAAAAGAAAUACAAGCAACUGGAAAAAGAAUUUGAACAAUAUCGAGACCAGCAGAACACCCGGCCUGAAAUCCGUUUACAAUCUGAGAUUAACCUGCUUCGACUCGAGAAGGUGGAACUGGAACGGAAGCUGGAAUCAACAACAAAAUCUAAACUUCAUUACAAACAGCAGUGGGGACGCGCUCUGAAGGAACUGGCAAAAUUUAAACAGUUUGAAGACCUAGGAAAAUUUAAACCAUGAAAUCCCCCAGGUGCUUGUCCUGUUCUUGUCAGAUCAGUGCUCAGUAAAAAACUGAAGUUGAGCUGCAGUCUGGCAGCCUUCUCCUUUCCAACGGGUCCUCUGUCUGACCCUCUCUGGAGGAGAGCCACGGGUCAUUCACUGGUCACUCAACUGCCUUCUACUCCUCAACCCCACCAAGUCAAGGCAAAGUGUGUGUGUUUGUGUAUGUGUAUGUGUCUGUGCGCACACAAUUUGUUAAAGUCUUAUAACCAUUAGUUAAGGCCUGGUUAGUCCAGCAUGGUGCUGCAAACCUCCUUUUUUGUACUGCCAGUUUAGGCCUCUGGAAAUAUUUAGUUCAGCCAUCAACCACAGGUAGCAAAGGAAACACUUUAGCUCUAGGGACCUUAAGAAAAUCUCCGAGAUAAUUGUUUCAGCGUUUUUCUUCGGCGUAUGCUUGGCUAUAAGGACUGUGGCAACAUCUUCGUGGGUUUGUUUUUCUUGCAGUUUAGGUUACUGAAAAUGUAUUAUUGGCCUCUAAUGCUCCAUAAAAACACAAAAUUAAAUUAGAUUAUAUGUAAACAUAUCACUUCAGUGAUAACAUUAAGCCAAGUUGAGCUAUUAUGCAAGACCAGUGCUUAGGCUAAAUUUUCACACAGGCCUUGUUCUGUCAGCACAUGGUCUAGAAUAUUGAUGUGUGGUUUCUUAAUGGCACUGCAGAGCCAUAACAGCAAUUUCAGCGUCAGAUUUCAGGAGUUUCGCAUUUUAUUGCCAGUUAUAAAGGUCAAAUUCAAUUAAACUGCUAUCUGUGGUCUAUUUUUCCAAAGCAUUUAGCAGAGACAUAACAUAGCUGUUAUCAUUAAAGAACUUGAUAUUAUUGAAUGCUGAAUUUUUUAAUUGAAAAGAAAACAUUUAAAGUUGUAUCGUCAUUGCAGCACUAUAGUGUUCAUAAAGCAAUUAUAAUAAAGUGCAGUUAAAUCAGAACAUCUGUUAUCCUGACCCGUAGAAUGUUGAUGUUGAAUAUAUCUCUCCUUCAUUCUCUUUUUCUGUCCUUCUCUCUCUCCCCUCCCUUCCCCCGGCUUUGUUUGGU